UUUUUUUCUGUGUAGUUCAGUCAAAAAAAUUGAGAGGUAGUUUAUAUUUUAAACAUAAUAAUAUUCAGUGGCUCUUCUUUUUGUGCGAUUCAGGGGGAUGGACCGUCGCUACAUAAUAUGAUAAAGAGAGAGGUGGUGUUGUCAAAACACAGCCUCCCCACCCUGGCCGCGAAUAAUAACAUCUUGGCACGCUUAAUUAACCUCAACGAGGAUCCGUUUUGCUAGAGAUGAGCUGCCGAGGGAAGGGGGUUGCUAUUUAAGCGGGCGGGCGGUGGGGCCGCGACUACUCGAAAAUGGAGCGCGACACAAGUAGGAAGACCUCCGACUUCAGCAUCGCCAGGAUACUCGGCAACCUGGACGAGAGCGGCGCCGAGGAGGACGAAAUUGUCGUAGACGACAUCAACGACGACAGCCCGCCCAACUCGCCGCCUGUAGAUUCGCAGCAGAGAUUUGAAUGGUUGCAUUGCACUCGAUAUAGGCCGCCUAGAUUGCCCAGAACCAAACGUAAAGAGGGCGCUCAGAAGAGAAAACUAGGCCGCAAUCCUCGCAUUCCCUUUUCCAGCUCACAAGUGUCGGUUCUUGAGCAACGGUUCAAGCAAAGCCAGUACUUGAGCAGCUCAGAUGUGGCCGAGCUGGCAAAUUACCUCAAUCUUUCCGAAACGCGGGUAAAAAUUUGGUUUCAAAACAGAAGAGCAAGAGAACGACGUGACAGAGAGACAAGACAACGCUUGUCGUCCCAAGAGUUUGCGUCUGAUGAAGAAGGCAUUCCACAAAUCAACAGCGUUAUAUCAAGGACGUCCCUGCACAUCAUUUCUGGCAACCAGUCUGCUUUUGCGCCCGUCCCUCCACACAUGCGACUUCUCUCCCUCUCGCCGAAUCAUCCCAUUAGCUCACACAUUCAAGGUAAGAAUUUAAACAAAAUUAAUUGUAAUUUUUUUUGUUUCCUUUCCAUCCAUCUAAACGGAAAGUAA